GCUCACGUCACCGCGGCAGCAACGCGGAAGCGGACGGCCAGGCUCCACGUCAUUUUAGGUGCACUGGUGCUACCGGGGCUUUUACUGGGAGGAAACUGACAUGCGACGGAACCCAACAGCCACAGAAUAGUGAUUGGAGUCGCCGGUAAACAGAGCAGCGAUCAGUUGGGUUUUGUUCAGAUCGACAGCUUGGGUGCUCAUCCCUGAUGGGUGAAUCAGGGCCACGCCGCUCCACCCUGGUCUCCAGGUUGCCCAUCUUCAGGCGCAGUGUAAGGAAGAGGCAGGACUCUCUGCCAUCAUCUCCGUCCUCCGGUGGCGUAGGUAACGGCGUGCACACGUCCUCUCCUUCAAGCACCAACUCGAGCUCCAGCAGCACGGGAAAACGGCGAAGUCUUUUCCGAACCCCGUCGAUCAGCUUUCACAGCAAGAGGAACAGCGAGCCGCGUGCUGAUUCCAGCCAACUCAGUGCAGACAAUCGCAGCCGGCUGUCCGAGCCGAGCUUCAACGACGGUUGCAAUCACAAGACGCGCCACUCGUUCGGAUUUGGAGGACACAAGAAGAAGCUCAGUCGCUCCCAGACGGAGGAUUUUGAGAAAGCUCCAAACAGCCGCAAUGUUUUCAUCAACUGCAUCAGCUCAGGGACGAAUGAGGGUGACGAUUCAGGUUUCAUGGAUGAUGUCAGCAGCAAGAGUCCCAAACCAAAAAAGCUUCUCCCCAAGUCCUUUUCAGCUCACCAUCGCUUUUCCAAGAACUCCUCCAACCAGGUUGAACAUAAUCAAGGCAAGGACGAUGCUCCAAAGACAGGAACUCCAGGGUCCUGGCCUGGCGAGCUUGCCGAGAGCUCGCUUCAAUCCCCAAUCGUUUCCGAAGACCGCACAACAGCCAUUACACCCUCAGACUUCGUCCAUGUCACCGAGGACACCGUCUCUGAAGUGGAUGCUUUACCUGUCCCGAGUCCAGCUGAAGUCGUCCCUCCUGAGAAUAUCGACCAAUGUGUAUCUACCACACAGACGUGUGCCAAACCCGAGCAGUGUACUCUGGAGAAGCCUGUACUGCCAGACAUUAGCCAAACUGCCAACACGCAGUGCGAUAGUACCACCGUCCAAACCGAGCCAGAAACACUGAAUACAGCAGAAGUGCAGCAUCAGGACCAGGAUCACAUCGAGGCGAGCGAAAACAAGCCGAACCCGGAGCUGAGUGAGGAGAGCAGCUCCAACGCAGAGCCCAGAGAAAGAAUGCACCGAAAUACUGUGCUGGUCCAGCAUCUAGGAAAAGCAGCAGGCCAUGGCAAACUGGAGAGCAGACCAAGCUAUCUGAGGAAACCUCACACAGUGUCCAUGUCCAGCAGUAUGAGUCCACGACGUGAGGUGAUCCGUUUAGAGCGGAGGCUGCGCUCAGCUUCAGAGGGAGCCGGAGGACCAAGACUCCACCUCAACCUUAAAGAGCAUACCUGCAUGGAAACCAGCAUGCUGGUUAAACACAGAACCAACUCCUCAUCCUCCAAACUGGGCAGCCUGGACUUUUUAAACAAUCUUGGUUCUUCCGAGCUGGACGAGGAUGACCUAAUGCUCGACCUGGAACUCUCGGAUGACCAGAGACAUCGACAUGCUUCUCAGGAAGACUCCAGCCAAUCUCUUGCCUCCUGUCUGAACCUGUUGCCGUCCCCCAUGGAUCUGCCUUUAGACCCGAACACUGCCAAGGAGCGGAGAGAGAACAACAGAGAGCCACGGCCUGUGUCACUCUGUGUGUCCUGUGAUGAUGAGUUGUUUUCUGGCCUUGAGACUUUACCCUUCAGACUGAUGCAACAGGACUGCACGUCCAUGAAAACGCUUCUGCUUCGACUUCGCAGGGUUUUGCAAGAGAGCACUGAGCCCAGCCCUGCCAGCAGCCUUCACUCUUUACCUAUAAGCCCCUGCAGUGAGAAGUCACCAGCUUUCAAGGAUACAGGGCGAGAUGAGAGCCACUCCCUACAGCAGCAGCUGAAAGAGAGAGAUGAGUUGAUCCUGCUUCUGCAGACUGAGCUGGAAGCUGCCCGUUCUGCACAAAAACCUUUUUGCCAAAAAACUGACAAAACAACCCAGACAGAUCCUCCAGCCCCAGAGCCUGUCCAUCUGAGUCGAGCCAUAGGUAACAGCUGUAGCAGCAGUCUUCCAAGGGAGCGAAGAUCAGCACGACUGUCCAGCUGGGGAGAAGAGCGCUAUAGUGGAGGGAUGAGUGCUCGAGAUCCUGCUGCAGUCCAGAGGAGAGCUGAACAAAUAUACUCGUCGUCUUCUGAGGCGACUACACCACGGAAGCUCGAGCAUUUGGGUCCCUCUCAGAUACCUCGUGCCGUUGUGAGUGGAAGCUCUUGCAGCCUCUCCUCAGACAGCGAGAGACUCGCCAUGCCAAGGCCACACUCAUCAUUCAGCGGGCGUCUGGGCCAACCACCACGCGGGCCGCUCUCUCUGCACAUGUACAGCCGCAAGAAUGUCUUCCUCCAGCACUCGCUCUAUACAACCGAGUUGCAGGCACUGGGCCAGCAGGAUGCUUGAAAACACACACACCCACACCUACAAACACACACUUUAAAUUAGACUUCUGCACUAAUCAUCAAUCCUUCUGCCUCAGCAGCUGUUUGACCUCUGUAUGGUUUGGAUGGAGCCCCAAUCUAGCUUCUGCAGCUAUCUUAAAAAUGCCAUCAAUCCUCUGGUGACCCUGCUUGAUCUCCACUAGUAGAGUCCAUUACGCAGCUGUGUGACAAGGCCAGUAUGGCAGAGGAGUGGGUCUGAUAUCAGUUCAUUCACCCACUGCUUACUGCAAAAAAAAAUAUAUUGAAAAAACUGACAA